UGCAGGUCUUGUCUUCCCUAAUCUAUGUCCUCUGCUCCUAGAAGCCCAGCCUCUGUGUCCCUGUGACCUGCAAGUAUUGGGAGAUCCCCAGCUAAGACGCCAGGUCCCCCCUCGAAGCCUAGAAAUGGGACCACUGACAUUUAGGGAUGUGACUGUAGAAUUCUCUCUGGAGGAGUGGGAAUGCCUGGACACUGUUCAGCAGGAUUUAUAUUGGGAUGUGAUGUUAGAGAACUACAGAAACCUGGUCUUCCUGGGUAUUAUUGUCUCUAAGCCAGACCUGAUCACCUGUCUGGAGCAAGGAAAAGAGCCCUGGAAUAUGAAGAGACAUGAGAUGGUAGCCAAAACCCCAGUUAUGUGUUCUCAUAUUGCUGAAGACCUUUGGCCAGAGCAAGACAUAAAAGAUUUUUUCCAAAAAGUCAUACUGAGGAGAUAUGAUAAAUGUGGACAUGAUAAUUUACAAUUAAGAUUAGGCUGUAGAAGUGUGGAUGAGUGUAAGGUGUGCGAAGGAGAUUAUAAUAGACUUAACCAAUAUCUGACAACAACCCAGAGGAAAAUAUAUCAAUGUGAUGAAUAUGAGAAAGUAUUUUAUAAAUUUUCAAAUGUAGAUAGACAUAAGAUAAGACAUACUGAAAAGAAAACUUGCAAAUGUAAGGAAUGUGGUAAAUCAUUUUGCAUGCUUUCACAACUAACUCAACAUAAGAGAAUUCACACUAGAGAGAAUUCCCACAAAUGUGAAGAAUGUGGCAAAGCCUUUCACAUGUCCUCAGCCCUUACUCGACAUAAGAUGACUCAUACUGGAGAGAAGCCCUACAAAUGUGAUGAGUGUGGAAAAGCUUUUGACCGGUCCUCAGCCCUUUCUCGACAUGAGAUCAUUCAUACUGGAAAGAAACCCCACAAAUGCAAAGAGUGUGGCAAAGCCUUUAACAGGUUUUCACACCUUACUCGACAUAAGAUAAUUCAUACUGGAGAGAAACCCUACAAAUGUGAAGAAUGUGGCAAAGCCUUUAACCGGUCUUCACACCUUACUGAACAUAAGAAGAGAAUUCAUACUAGAGAGAAGCCCUACAAAUGUGAUGAAUGUUGCAAAGCCUUUAACUGGUCUUCAGCUCUUACUACCCUUACUCAACAUAAGAUAAUUCAUACUAGAGAGAAACCCUACAAAUGUGAAGAGUGUGGCAAAACCUUUAACCGGUCCUCAGCCCUUACUGGACAUAAGAUGAGUCAUACUGGAGAGAAACCCUACAAACAUGAAGAGUGUGGAAAAGCUUUUAACCGGUCUUCAUACCUUAUUCGACAUAAGAUGAUUCAUAAUGGAGAGAAAUCCUACACAUGUAAACAGUGUGGCAAAACUUUUAACCAGUCUUCAUACCUUAUUCCACAUAAGAUAAUUCAUGUUAGAGAGAAACCCUACAAGUGUGAUGAGUGUGGCAAAACCUUUAACCGGUCUUCACUCCUUACUCAACAUACGAUAAUUCAUACUGGAGAGAAACCCUACAAAUGUGAAGAAUGUGGUAAACGUUUUAAUCGUUUAUCAAACUUUACUGUACAUAAGAGAAUUCAUGCUCGAGAACCCCAACGAAGUGAAGAAUGUGGCAAAGCUUGUAACCAUUCCUCAAUCCUUACUAAAGGGAAUUCAUAACAUAAGAUAAGCCAUACUGGAAAAAAACUUUUCAAAUGCAAAGAAUGUGACAAAUCAUUUUGCAUGCUUUCACAGCUAACUCAACAUAAAAUAAUUCAUACCAGAAGAAUUAAUACUGGAGAGAAACCCUAUACAUGUGAAGAAUGUGGCAAAGUCUUUAACUGGUCCUCACACCUUACUACACAUAAAAAAAUUUAUACUAGAUACAAACUCUACAAAUGUGAAGAAUGUGGCAAAGCUUUUAACAAGUCCUCAAUCCUUACUACUCAUAAGAUAAUUCGCACUGGAAAGAAGUUCUACAAAUGUAAAGAAUGUGCCAAAGCUUUUAACCAAUCCUCAAACCUUAGUGAACAUAAGAAAAUUCAUCCUAGGGAGAGACCUUACAAAUGUGAAGAGUGUGGGAAAGCCUUUAACUGGCCCUCAACUCUUACUAAACAUAACAGAAUUCAUACUGGAGAGAAACCCUACACAUGUGAAGAAUGUGGCAAAGCCUUUAACCAGUUCUCAAACCUUACUACACAUAAGAGAAUCCAUACUGCAGAGAAAUUCUACAAAUGUACAGAAUGUGGUGAAGCUUUUAGCCUUUCCUCAAACCUUACUAAACAUAAGAAAAUUCAUACUGAAAAGAAACCCUACAAAUGUGAAGAAUGUGGCAAAGCUUUUAAGUGGUCCUCAAAGCUUACUGAACAUAAGUUAACUCAUACAGGAGAGAAACCCUACAAAUGUGAAGAAUGUGGGAAAGCCUUUAACUGGCCCUCAACCCUUACUAAACAUAACAGAAUUCAUACUGGAGAGAAACCCUACAAAUGUGAAGUAUGUGGCAAAGCCUUUAACCAGUUCUCAAACCUUACUACACAUAAGAGAAUUCAUACUGCAGAGAAACCCUACAAAUGUGAAGAAUGUGGCAAAGCUUUUAGCCGGUCCUCAAACCUUACUAAACAUAGGAAAAUUCACAUUGAAAAGAAACCCUACAAAUGUGAAGAAUGUGGCAAAGCUUUUAAGUGGUCCUCAAAGCUUACUGAACAUAAGAUAACUCAUAGUGGAGAGAAACCCUACAAAUGUGAAGAAUGUGGCAAAGCUUUUAACCAUUUCUCAAUCCUUACCAAACAUAAGAGGAUUCAUACUGGAGAGAAACCCUACAAGUGUGAAGAAUGUGGCAAAGCUUUUACCCAAUCCUCAAACCUUACUACACAUAAGAAAAUUCAUACUGGAGAGAAAUUCUACAAAUGCGAAGAAUGUGGCAAAGCUUUUACCCAAUCUUCAAACCUUACUACACAUAAAAAAAUUCAUACUGGAGGAAAACCGUACAAAUGUGAAGAAUGUGGUAAAGCUUUUAACCAGUUCUCAACUCUUACUAAACAUAAGAUAAUUCACACUGAGGAGAAACCCUACAAAUGUGAAAAAUGUGGCAAAGCCUUUAAGUGGUCUUCAACCCUUACUAAACAUAAGAUAAUUCAUACUGGAGAGAAACCCUACAAAUGUGAAGAAUGUGGCAAAGCUUUUAAACUGUCCUCAACCCUUUCUACACAUAAGAUAAUUCAUACUGGAGAGAAACCCUACAAAUGUGAAAAGUGUGGCAAAGCUUUUAACCGAUCCUCAAACCUCAUUGAACAUAAGAAAAUUCAUACUGGAAAGCAACCCUACAAAUGUGAAGAAUGUGGCAAAGCAUUUAACUAUUCCUCACACCUUAAUACACACAAGAGAAUUCAUACUAAAGAACAACCCUACAAAUGUAAAGAAUGUGGCAAAGCUUUCAACCAAUAUUCAAACCUUACUACACAUAACAAAAUUCAUACUGGAGAGAAACUCUACAAACCUGAAGAUGUGACAGUGAUUUUGACAACACCUCAAACUUUUUAAAACAUAAAAUUAAUUAUACUGGUGAGAAAUUCUAGAAAUGUAAAGAAUGUGACAAAGCCUUUACAUGGUUAUCACACUUGAUUGUAGGUAAGAUAAUUUAUAUUGGAGUAAACUUCUACAAGUAUGAAGAAUGUGGCAGAACUUUUAAUUGAUGCUCAUACCUUAUUGCACAGGAAAUAAUUUUUACUUGGGAAAAGAAUGUGGAAAAGCCAUUAAUAUCUGCUCAUAUCUUACACAACAUCAGAGAGUCGGUACUUAAUGAAACCAUUAUAGAUGCAACUAGUGUCAAAAGAUCUUUCAGAAAAUAUAAGCCUUUAAAGUGAAGAACAGAAUUCAUUCUGAAGACAAACAUUACAAAUACAAAGAGGGUUGUAGUACCAUUACUUGUAUCACAGAUCUUAUUGUACACAUUUUGUUCUAAAGAAAACCCUGAAGCAGUUGCUCAACUAUUGUUCAACAUCAGAAAAUUUAUAUUGGAAAAAAACCCUGGAAAAUGUAAUAAAUUUGUAAAAACAGUUUUGAAAAACUACAGCUUGUAAAACAUGAGGGUCUAUAAUACUUGGUUGAUAGUACAAAGUUUGUUCAACAUCAGGGAAUUUAUAUUGCAGAGAAACCCUACAAAUGUAAUCAGUUUGGAAAAACGUUUUUUCAAAAACCACAGCAUAGAAAACACCAGAGGGUUCAUACUAAAAUAUAUUUUUGCAGAUGCCGUAAAUAUGAAAAAAAUUUAAUCCUAAAUUUAUGUAAAUAUCUGAGAAUUCAUAGUAGAAAUAUCUAAGGCAUGGACACCUCAGACGUUACACUAAAUCAGUGCUAACUACAGAAAACAACCCAAAAUAAAACUUGGUGGAUAAAUUGUAUAUAACAUUACAAAAGUAGAAAAUUUUCAGAGUUAUAACUACGUUUAAAGUAUACUUUUAUCUUGAGAAAAUUACUGAUUUUUGAAUUAGUGAAUAAUGACAUAGUUAAACUCUCAAAUAACU